AUGGCCUCCACCGCAGUGCAGCUGCCCCUCCGUGACCCAUGGUCCUCCAAGGACUUCGGAGCCAUUUAUCAAUGGCGUGCCAACGCCAUCAAAGAGGCCGCCGUCCGUCCCGUAUCCUCUCUGGACCCAACUGUGGAAAGAUUCCUCAAUUUGCUGGACAACAAAAGCUUAGGCCUGGGGGACCUGGCCAAUAAAAUGCUCAGCGAAAUUCCCCCAACCCCAACAUACGAUUAUGAUCCGAGCGGGAAAUUUGGCCGCAUGACCGAUUAUAAACAUAUGGUGCAAUGCAUCAAUCGGAUUUUGUACACAGCGCCGCGCUGGGACCACGACGAGUACAAAGUUGGCCUGAUUGGGGUCCCAUUCAAUGCACUCUUCAACUGGCCAAUGGCAACUGAAAGCGGAUUUCAGUUCUUCAAAGACAGCAAGGUCAAUGGCUGUCUCAGAAACAUUCUCACGGCCCAUGGUGACUAUCUUAAAAGCCCAAAGUCACAGUCAGCUCUUCUGUCCUGGUUUGAGGAGGAGCCUCUCAAGCUCAUGACAGAAAAAGCCUCUCCAUAUUGGCCCGACGGCAGAAAUAAAAAGUUCGAGGAGAUUUAUGUUUGUAAUCCUGCUGAUAAAACAGGCUGCUGGGGCUUUAACUCUUGGGAUGACUUCUUUAUACGGGAAUUUUGUAAAGGCGUUAGGCCAGUCGCCCGCCCAGACUCAAACCAUGAUCCGGAUGAGUCCAGCAAGGCUGUCAUCACGAAUGCCUGCGAAUCGGUCGUCUACCGGUGCCAAAAGGACGUGCAGAAAAGAGAUAAGUUCUGGCUCAAAGGACAGCCAUACUCGCUAGUCGAUAUGUUGAACUUUGAUGAGAACGUUGACGCGUUUGUCGGUGGAACAGUCUACCAAGCAUGGCUUGCGGCUGAAUGUUACCACCGUUGGCACUCACCGGUCACUGGUACCGUGAAGAAAAUCGUCCCUGUGCCGGGAACCUACUUUUCGGGGUUACGAGAGUACGGUUUCCCUGAGGUAUCUGGCAACCGAAAUAUUCCCGAUCCAUCAGGCCCAAACCUCUCCCAGAGGUACAUCACCGCCGUCGCUACCCGGACAAUCAUUUUUAUUGAGGCUGAUAACCCGACCAUCGGACUCAUGUGCUUCAUUGCGGUAGGGAUGGAUGAGAUCUCGAGUUGCGAGGUCACAGUAAAUGAGGGCGACCAAGUCAUGAAGGGAGAUCAACUGGGUACGUUCCAUCUGGGAGGAUCAACCCAUUGCUUGAUUUUUCGGCCAGGGGUGCAUCUGGACUGGGCGAGGGACGCGCAGCCCCCAUACAGCGACACCGAAUUCGAUAAGCAUACCAUCAUUCCAGUGAAUUCGUGGCUAGCGUACGCGCAUAGAACUCGAUAA